AGGUCUUGACUUAAAUCCCGGUCGUAGAACUUGCAGGUUGAACGCACAACUGUAAUGGAGAGGACGCAUUCUGAGUAAAAGAGGUUUUUAUGAGCUGUUUUUAAAUGGCACUGGGUGCAUCUCUGCUCACUCCUCACCGCAACCCCCUCAACCUCCGACUUUCACCUCAGAGCCCUCGGAAGAGAGGAAGCGGUUUCUUUUCUAGGUGUCACUUCCCAGAACGAUACUUCAAUCACAUGGUAGGAUAAAGCACAUUCCGCUAAUGGGCACAGCGCUCUGUCACAACGAUUGGUCGUCGAUACCUUCCUCAGCCUCAGCAGGAGAUCCCAGUCAAUAAGGGGGCUGUACAUGGCCCAAGUUAACCAGAGGUAGAACAGUCUGAGCUGAUGUUUAUACGCAGAGUGUGAAAAACACUUGGAGAGUCUUUGAAGGGCGAUCUGCUUUUAAUCAGAAGCACAAAGAGAGCAAGAGCCAGGUGCCGCAAAACUCCGACACAAGCCCAGAUUGACUGAUCGACAAACUCUUCACCACGGAGCAGCCCGUCGUCAUUCUGUUCCGAGAAACCGACUCGCUUUCUCGCUCCUCGAGCAGGGUUAUCUCGUAGGAAGCGGGAGCACUGGAAGAAACCCCCGCAAGUGCCGACUACCACAGGGCAGAAUCGAAGCUGGGUCACUGGGACCGUGAGGCAGCGGGGAUCAGCACUACCGGUGGGCAUCUCUUCCGACAGACCAACUGUUAAGUUAGACUUGUAACUACACUAUUCCACGGAUCAAGAGACAAUGAAGGACAGACUCGAGGAAUUGAUAGAACUUUCAAAACUUCAUCCACAGUCAGCAGAGGCUCAUGAUAAGCUUGAUUCUCCUCAGGAGAGCUACGUGUUUGAAUGUGACUUCACUUUACAGAACCUUUAUAAGAUGGUGCACCAGAUCAUGGAGGAAAAUGGCCGUUUAAAGAUAGACAUCAAGCGCCUGGGAAAACAGAACACCCGCUUCUUGACUUCAAUGCGGCGUUUCAGCAGCAUUAAGCGGGAUUCAAAUUCAAUUGCUAAAGCCAUAAAAAGCCAAGGCGAGAAGAUUCAGCAGAGGUUGCAGAGCCUGAACAAUUUCACAGAGGAACUAACAGAGACUCAUGGGCCAAAUGCGGCCAUUGUUCGCAUUGCCAACGCACAACAUUAUGCCGUUCUUCACGCUUUCCACAAUGCCAUGUCGGAGUACAACAUGGAGGAGAUGAAGCAGCGGGAAAACUGUAAGACACGGAUCCAGCGGCAGCUGGAGAUCAUGGGAAAGGAUGUGUCCAGUAAAGAGAUGGAGGAAAUGAUAGAACAGGGUAAGUGGGACGUGUUCUCAGGGAACCUGCUGAGCGAGGUGCGAGGGGCACGAACUGCGCUUUCAGAAAUUGAGCAGCGCCAUCAGGAACUGUUGAAGCUGGAGUCCAGGGUCCGGGACAUCCACGAGCUCUUCUUGCAAAUGGCCUUGCUUGUUGAGCAACAGUCUGAGACUCUGAACAACAUCGAGGUACAGGUACAGAAGGUGCAAGACUAUGUUGGGGCUGCCAGGACCCAACUAAAUCAGGCAGUAGAGCACAAAAGGAAAAACAUCUGCCGACAGAUCUUCUGCUGUUGCAGUUGCUGCUGUUGACCCAGUAUUCUUCCUGCCCACCAUCGUUUACUCUGCUUGGAUGUUGCUUCACUAUCCCACCACAAAGCUAAAUGAUACCCUCACCAAAGAAGUGGAAGGGUUAGUGAUUAUGUGGUCCUUUUGUUGGUGGGAGUCUCAAAACCUACAGCCAGUUAGAGAGAUGAGUUUGAAUUAUGGGGUUAAUUUUGUAUCCCAUCCCCAUUUCACUCUACCCAUUCCCUAAACUAAGUUUGAAGACCCCCCCUACUUCUGUACAACAUAGGCCUACUCCUUUUUCCAACUAUUAAAAUGCAGACAGGUAUUUCACAGACAGAAUCUUGAAUGGUGACAGAAUGACAUAUGUAAAGCAUCCAUGGAUUAACACAGCUUUGUUUAUUAUGUGGUUGCUGAUCCUUUGAUAAUGCAGGUGGGGUUUCUGUACUCUGGUGCUAUGGUAUUUAAUACAAAUGCCCUAUCCUCCUCAGUUCAUUGCUCAUUGUACCCUCAGUUGAAAGAUGGUUGCUGGGAUUGGGGUGGCUGUUUCAGGGGUAGUGGGUAACAUGGGGUGGAUAGUGAGGUGGGGAGAAGAAGAUGGUAGGAGCAGGAGGAGGGUGGUGGAAGGGAGAGUGAGGACCACAUCUGUUCAGGUGCCUGUAUCCAUUUUACAAUCUACCCAGAAGAUUUACCCUCUGCACUGUGGCAUACAAAGUAGACAGAAAGGUAAAUUAUGCUGUCUCCUCCUGACAAGUAACAGCUCACGAGCUCCUGAGUCCAGUUCUGGGUGAACAAUCCAGAAGCAACACACAAAAGUGACUACAAUAAAUCUGUUAAUUUGAGGAUUCUAACUAUGAAAAUGACUAGGCAGUUCAACUGGUUCAUGUAUGUCCUUUGUCAAAUGGGUCUUCCCUCAUGUUAGGGAGAAAAGGCUAUCUUGUUAUCAUGCCCCUCCCUGGGUAUCAAAUCUACAGAAGUUGAGUUCCAAGCCAGGGAAGAUCCUACGACCAGUAUUUUAGAAUCGAAUAAGUACUAAUUCAUAUAUUUUGUGAGAUCACUGGUACAUUAAACAUGUUUUGAAAUGUC